AUGGAUUGUAAGCAUUGCUCAGAAAUUUUAAAACCUGAAGAAACAAUUAAAUGCACAGCUUGUCAAAGUAUAUCCCAUUACUCAUGUAUUGGUAUAAAUGAAAGUGAGUUUAAAAAGAUUCUGCCUAUGAAUAAAGCGAAAUGGAAAUGUCCAGCUUGUAAAAUAUCUAAGAAAAACAAUACUAUAAGUCCAAAAUUAAAUACAAUGUCAGAGAAAGUAAAUAAUAAUCAAGCCCAAAUCAUAGAUGUAAAAUCGUUGAUUGCUCACUUUGAUGACCGUUUCAAUAGUUUGCAUUCAACAAUGGAGUCAUUCAAGUCUUUUAUUACCGAAGAAUUUAAAAAGCUUUCAGAAUCUGUUACUUUUUGGUCUACGAAAAUUAAUUCAAUCGAGUCUUCCAUCACUUCUAUUUUUGAUCAAAUAAAUUAUCUCGAUAAGGAGGUUGCCAAAAUAGACAAUUUUGGAACAGAACUCGAAGAGUUGAAACUUAAGUUUAAAGAAUUAUCAGAGAGUAGUAACAGAAAUGAACAGUGGGUGCGACGCUCCAAUAUUCAAAUUAAUGGAAUUCCACAAAAAAAAGGAGAAAACUUAGUUCAUAUUAUCAAGACCCUUGCUGAAAAAAGCGGUUACUCCAUAAACUUUGGUACGGAUGUUGAUUUUGUAACAAGAGUUGCGGUAAGGAAUGAUUCGUCUGCGAAUAAAUCGCGACCUGUUAUUCUUAAAAUGCAAGCACGUUACAAAAAGGAUGAUUUUCUUUCAUCGCUAAGAAAAUUAAAGAAUUUGAAGGCGAGUGACAUUGGAUUUUCAGGUAGUAAUAAUCCUAUUUAUAUAAAUGACCACUUAUCCACUUACAACAAGGCUCUUCUGAAUGAAGCACGACGUAAAUGCAAAGAGAAAUGUUACCAAUUCUGUUGGGUUCGAAAUUGCACUGUUAUGGUUCGCAAGACCAACAACUCACCAGUUAUUCACAUUACUUCCAAAGGUUCUUUAAACAAAAUUUUAUAA